ACGACGACCAAGUUGAAACUUGAUUACAUUCAAGUUUAUCAAUUUUACCAACCUGCUUUUAUUUCGAAUGGCUCCAAUCAAAGGGAGCUCAUUAUCUCGUUCCACUCGCUUGGCAACUCAUACAAGUCCUUAUCAUGCGUCGGUGACCCUUUUCAAGGUAGAAGACAGCACUCCAGAGUCAGACUUUGUCAUACCCGUAGCCUCUACGCGACGUUCCAAACGGCUACGAAAACCUCUUAGUGAGACAGAAUCCGCUGUUAAGGCUGAAGAUACCCUUUACAAGAAAGAAGACCCCAUGGUGGUAUCCGAAGCGCCAGGUCCAUCUACGGUGUCCAGGCCCAAAUCUCCCCGAAAACCAAAGCCAAUCCAACAAUCACUGAAGGUUCCCCAUCCAGCGCCACCCAGAUGGCGAGAAACCUACGACACAAUCAAAGAAAUGCGGUCUCAUAUUGUAGCACCUGUCGACACUAUGGGCUGUGAUCAAGCGCAACUGAAGGAGAGCGAUCCAAAGAGUCAACGAUUUUCAACCCUGGUUUCCCUCAUGCUGUCUUCCCAAACAAAGGACGAAGUGACCGAUGCUGCUGUCGCUAAGCUCCGCGAAGCUGUUGGUGGAAGCCUGACUGUCGACGCAAUAAUAUCGGUAGAUGAAAGCACCGUUUCUGAAGCCAUCGCAAAAGUUGGCUUUUGGAGGCGAAAAACUCAGUAUAUCAAACAAACUGCGCUACGUCUACGUGACGAAUUUGAUUCCGAUGUACCUAAAACUGUAGACGAAUUGUGCUCUUUACCUGGCGUAGGGCCAAAAAUGGCUUUCUUGGCUUUGCAAGUAGCAUGGAAAUUGAAUGUUGGGAUAGGUGUUGAUGUUCAUGUACACAGAAUAACGAACAGAUUGGGUUGGCAUCAGCGACCGACAAAGAACCCGGAAGAAACAAGGCUUAAUUUACAAUCAUGGCUUCCCACUGAGUUGCAUCCAGAAAUUAAUCACAUGCUCGUCGGCUUUGGCCAGAUGGUAUGUCUUCCUGUGGGGCCGCUAUGUGGAUCGUGCCGGUUGAGUUCGUUGGGAUUAUGCCCCAGUGCGCAAGGGACUGCUACGGCAAAGAAGCGCAAGACGUCGGCGCGCAUGACUGUUGAUGAACCAAUACAUCCUGGCCCCAAAGUCGAAAUCGCCAUAGAAGAGGAACGGCUCGUGCAAGUGAGCACAGACUGACCUUUCCCAAACUUUGAUUAUAUCCUGGUGUCUUACCACCUUAUCUUGAAUCAUGCUGAUGACUUAUUUGUAGUACGUGUCUUCAAGCCUCGUACAUAUACUUAUCAUAUAGAUAUAUCGUUGCAAAAUAUUUUAAUUCAAGAUACUAGCGUACAUGCGCAGUAUAUAUCGUGAUGAUAGACGAAAUUUUGACAUGAUUACUAUCUUUUU